AUGAGUGUCAAAGGGUCGAGUUUAGACGACCUUUCCAAAAAUUUGUCCUCUUUAUUUGAACAGUGGACUCCGCCCGAGAAAGAGGAGGUGAAAGGUUUAUUUUGGAUAUGGGGUGAUCUCUGGCGUAGAGUAUAUAGUGCUUUACUUGAUUAUGAUGAUCAAAAGUAUUUAACACAAGUUGCGUGGAAGGUUGUCGACCGUUCCUUUGUCCCUGCAGUGAAGAUCAAAUACAUCACAAUGCUCGACGUGUUUUCAUUUUCCAAUGCUGCGAACAAACAAGUUGAUGUAAGGUACACUGGACCCAAUGGUGACAAUCGGAUGCAUGAAACUAUUCGAGGGUAUGUGGUCAACCAAUCUCUUCGGAAAGUGCCGUUUUCAUCGAUGUAUUGUUCGGUGUACACCAAAGAUGAGUCGACGCGUCGGAGGUAUAUUUUGACCCCCCCUUACUAUACCUACGACUAUGGAUCGGUGACUAUUGACAUGAUCACUUAUGUGAACAACGUGUUUUCCGUGUGUAUGCCAUUCCUCGAGGGUUCUGUGGAAGGGUUCAUCGCAUUCAACAUCGGCUUUUUGCUUCCGCGCGACGAGGAGAUCAACUACGAGAAGUUGUACGACUUGAUCAAUCUAUUAAUUUUCAACUUCCAAUUGAAACAAUUGAAGUAUCGUGGUGUUGGGGAUUCCGGUAAGGCCUUAUUGUUGUCUGAGUUACAGUCUUUUGUCCAGCGAGUGGAGGAAUACAUCGUAAACAUUGAUGUCCAAUAUCGAAACUUACAGAUAUUCAAACGAAUGGACGAGAAGAAGCUUCUUGAUCCCAGAAAAGAGACGUUUGCACAUCAAGACGACAAGAAAAGUUCGCUGUUUGGGUCGUUUGAUAGUGUUUCGUGUACAACAACACCAACUCGGCCGUCAUUAGGAAGUCGUUUGAACCCAUCGCUCUAUCACAAAUCGCCACUGCAGACAGCAAUGAAGGUCGAGAAGUGCGAUUUAAAGACAUCAGUAGAAGUCACUCCGAUAUUCAGUCCAGAGCAGUCACCCGCACAAGUUUCCAAAUUACGCGAAGAGUCGAUUGUGAAAGAGCGAGACGAGUUUAGAUGCCAAUUUUCAUUUCUAAAGUUUGGUGAUGAGACGUACUCAGACUUACUAGAAAACAUCAUAUACGCAUAUACAGUGACAUAUACUAUGAUCAUUAUACCUUACGACGGAAGGAAUAUAGCUGGCAUUAAAAGACUCUUAAGUCCCUUUGAUAGGAUAGUACCCGGGAAGAAAUCUAUAUUUGGACAGACUAUAGUCUCUGUCGCUAACCCCCUCAUCGACGUCUCGUUUAUGACGGAAUUUCCACACGAAUCAGAUGAGUUGUUUUGUGCGCCGUAUUGCAUUGUUGAUAUGAACAACGGCAGCGUGAAGUGCUCGUCUCAGUUAAGUCUGACAAAGUAUUAUGUUGAGCGUGGGAAUACACUCUUUUCCAAUUUCAUCAAGUCUUUAGGCUUCACAACAAAGACUUCGCAUCUGAAGAAAAUGGUCGAACUCCACGGAAGUAGUUUUGCAAAGCCGUUUUGUGUUGUUAUGUUAAACUGUGUUGGUUCUGGGAGUGGUGUUCUAUUCGAUGUUAUCUUAACAAAAUUUGUCGAGUAUAUACGGAUGAAGGCGCGGAUACUCAUCAUGUAUUUGGAGCGGAAGACAUCCGAGGGAGUCUUGCCAGACUUCUGUGAGUUAGUUAAGAUCACUGGGUGUUCAACAGUGGAGGACGUCUGGUGCAUUGCUUCGCUUCUCAAAGAUAGUGAAAAUUCCUUUGUGAUUAAUUUGUUCUUGAAGAGGGCGAGUGAUGCCAUACGAAAGAAAGAUACUUUCAGUGCUAACUUUGGAGGCCCACUCACAUAUUUCUCAUCAAGUUAUUCUCGUUCUAUUGGGAUGUGA